UAUACGUUUAUAGUAUGGUUAAAUUCCUUGUACGUGAAAAUCCCAUAUGUAGAUUAAAAAACAGAUUUCUCCCAUUUUCUUAAUCUUACCUGAAGUUUUACCUGUCAUUUGCGAAAAAUUUUAAGUCCUCUUUGUUCCUGUCAAUACAAACAGCUCAUUGUAGUAUUCAAUUUGUUCCUCUCAAUAGUUGAUUGGCAAUAAAUAUUAAAAAUGUGACGAAGCUGCUUCAAUCUAUUCACGAAUAAACAAAGAAGUAGAACUAUUUGCAGCCUUUCAAAUGAAAAUAUGGACUACGAGUUAAUGGACUACGAGUUAAGAUGUCUGAUAAACAUAUAUUUUGCUGACAAUUAUGGAUGUAUGAACCAUUGAUGCAGAUGCCACAGCCGUCCCCUACAGUAUUCAGUAUUAUAGAUUGAUGUCUUUUAGCUAAUUAAAAUAAUUUUCAUCGAAUAUACCAAACUGUUUACUGAGGGUUCUGGUUUGGAAUCUUUCGAGAGUAAAAGAUUCGUUUUAUUUUAGGAUCAAUAGGUAAUAGUACCCACUGGUAGAAACGAAGCCUACAAUGUUCUUCGCACAAAAGUAUGGCUAUCUUCAUAAAAAUUUUAGUUUUGCAAUAAGGAGGGUAUCGUGUGUUACUCUGCAUUCUAUGGCUGCUCCUGCCGUCAUUACUCUUCCCGUCCCCAAAUACACUAAGCUCUUCAUCAAUGGAGAAUUUGUGGAUUCAGUUUCAGGAAGAACGUUUGAAACGUUGGAUCCUCGAACAGGGGAUGCGAUAACAAGCGUAGCAGAGGCCACUAAAGAAGAUGUUGACGAGGCUGUUAAAGCUGCUCGCAAGGCCUUCGAUCAUGGCCCCUGGCCUCGAAUGCCUGGCUCUGAGAGGGCGCGUAUUCUGAACAAGUAUGCAGACUUGGUGGAGCAGCAUCUGGAGGAGCUGGCGCGCUUGGAGACCCUGGACAAUGGAAAACCAUUGGCAGCGUGUCGUGCAGGGGAUAUUCCUAGUUGUGUCAAGGCGCUCCGCUAUUAUGCGGGAUACGCGGAUAAGAUCCAUGGAUUAACAUUAAAGAUGAGCGGGGAAUAUCAGGGAUAUACUUUGCAGGAGCCUAUUGGUGUUGUUGGUCAGAUAAUACCAUGGAAUUACCCUCUCUCCAUGUUUUUCUACAAAAUUAGUCCUGCUUUGGCAUGUGGAUGCACAGUCGUUAUCAAGCCAGCUGAACAGACUCCCUUAACAGCACUUUACGCCGCACAAUUGGGGAAAGAGGCGGGAAUACCGGCGGGGGUUCUGAAUGUGCUUUCUGGGUUUGGAGAAACAGCUGGAGCUGCCAUUAGCAGUCAUAUGGGUAUUGAUAAGAUUGCAUUUACAGGGUCUACAGAGGUGGGACGGCGUAUAAUGGAGGCAGCUGCAAAGAGCAACUUAAAGCCUGUGAUGUUGGAACUGGGUGGAAAAUCCCCUCUCAUUGUAAUGGAUGACGCUGAUGUUGAGGAGGCUGUCAAUCUCGCUCACCGUGCUGCCUACUCUAACAUGGGACAAAUAUGCUGUGCUGGAACGAGGAUCUUUGUUCAGGAGGGCAUUCAUGAUGAAUUUGUAAAGAAGGCAGUGGAAAGAGCAAGGCAGCAGGUAUUAGGGGACCCCUUUAUGCCAGGAGUUCAACAAGGCCCUCAGGUUGACAAGGCACAGUUUGAUAAAAUAUUGAAGUAUAUUGAGCUUGGGAAGAGAGAGCAGGCAAAUUUGUUGAUAGGAGGUAAAUGUUGGGGUGACAAAGGAUUCUAUGUUGAACCUACCAUAUUCUCCGAUGUCCAGGAUAAUAUGAAGAUUGCCCAAGAUGAAAUAUUUGGACCAGUCAUGUCUAUUUUAAAAUUUAAAACGGUGGAGGAAGUGAUAGAAAGAGGGAACAAAACAAUAUAUGGUCUUGCAGCAGGUAUAGUAACCAAGAAUAUAAAUGUUGCAAAUAGACUUUCAAGAUCCCUUCGCGCAGGAGUGAUUUGGAUCAAUUGUUACCUAGUAACUGACAUGGAUGCCCCUUUUGGUGGCUACAAGAUGAGUGGCAUUGGGAGAGAAAGGAGUUUAUGUGGUCUUGAAAGUUACAUGCAGGUUAAAAGUGUUAUUUGCCCUGUUUAUGAGUCCCCUUGGUUAUAAGAGAUUCACUUAUUACGUAUCUCUUGUAGUUAUUAUCAAUUAGAAUAGUUAUAUAUUAUUUUACAAUAUUAACAAGUAUUAUGCAGUAUCUGUUUCAAAUAUAUUAUUGUAAUUUAUUUUAUUUGUGCAAAAACAUUUAUUUACAAAUAUCAUUGCAAUAAGAUAUAUAAAAGAUGAAACAAAUCUGGACUCCAAUGAAGCUACCAAUUUCUUUUGAACAUUUUGGGGUUGUAAUGUCCCCGAUGUAAUUAAAUAAUAUUAAUUAUUGUAUGGCCCUAAAUUUAAUAAUAAAAGCUUUCGGGCCCCCUUUUUAUUUUA